UGUCAGGUGGUGCUGCUAUGGAAAGAUGUGAUCAGUUGUCCUAAGAAGGCUUUUCCCUCAAAACCUCUGUCGGUAAUCGUGAAAUUUCUCCAGUUCGCUUGAAACAAACCGCGUCGUGGUGGAGUGUAAAUGUCGGUGCACCCCUGCUGAACAUUUAAUCGGCCCGAAAUGAGUGGGAAUUAGUGUACGACAGAGGAUUCCCUCGGUGGUUUUGAUCUGCAGAAUGUCUAAACGGCGUGCUUCGGAACGAGGGGCCGGAGAGUCAUCCGGCAGACCCAGCAAGCUCCUUUGUCCUGGGAUAUCUGGCAACAAUGCUAAGAGAGCCGGUCCCUUUGUUUUAGGCCCACGGCUGGGAAACUCUCCCGUGCAGAGUAUAGUGCAGUGUCUAGCCAGAAAGGAUGGGACGGAUGAUUUCUACCAGCUAAAAAUUCUCACCCUGGAAGAACGUGGGGACACAGCAGGAGAGACGCAGGAAGAAAGGCAAGGGAAAAUGCUCCUGCAUACAGAGUAUUCCUUACUGUCACUGCUCUCCAACCAAGAAGGAGUGGUGCACCAUCACGGCCUCUUCCAGGACCGCUCCUGUGAGAUUGUCGAGGACAUGGAGGCCAACAAAGUGCGGAAGAUGAAGAGACGAAUCUGUCUGGUGCUCGACUGCCUCUGUGCCCACGACUUCAGCGACAAGACGGCCGACCUCAUCAACCUGCAGCAUUAUGUCAUCAAAGAAAAGCGACUGAGCGAGCGAGAGGCCAUCGUUAUUUUCUAUGAUGUAGUGAGAGUGGUGGAGGCAUUGCAUAAGAAGAACAUCGUGCACAGAGACUUGAAGCUUGGAAACAUGGUGCUUAAUAAAAGGACCCAUCGGAUCACCAUCACAAACUUUUGCCUUGGCAAGCAUUUGGUGAGUGAGGAAGAUCUGUUAAAGGACCAGCGAGGCAGUCCAGCCUACAUCAGCCCAGAUGUCCUGAGCGGUCGACCAUACCGCGGUAAACCCAGUGAUAUGUGGGCGCUCGGUGUGGUGCUGUUCACCAUGCUCUACGGCCAGUUCCCGUUCUAUGACAGUAUACCUCAAGAGCUCUUCCGCAAGAUCAAAGCAGCAGAGUACUCCAUCCCUGAGGAUGGGCGGGUAUCAGAAAGUACAGUGUGUUUGAUCAGGAAGCUUCUGGUGCUUGACCCCCAGCAGAGGCUCACAGCCACCGAGGUGCUCGAGUCUCUGAGUGCCAUCAUUGCAUCCUGGCAGUCUGUGUCCUCACUGAGUGGCCCUCUACAAGUGGUGCCAGACAUAGAUGAUCAGCUUAACCACCCUGAACAUCUUCAAGAGGCGAAAGUGACAGAGGAGUCGUCUCAGUACGAAUUUGAGAACUACAUGAGGCAACAGCUCUUGUUGGCGGAAGAGAAGAACACUAUUCACGAGACCAAGAACUUCCUCAGCAAGAGGCAUUUCGGUAACGUGCCUCCGGUGAGGCGCCUUGGCCAUGACGCUCAACCCAUCAGUCCUCUGGAUGCCGCAAUACUGGCCCAGCGCUUCCUCCGGAAGUAGCGCCGUCAUUCCGCCCACAGGCGGGGGUCACCGGGAGUGGAGCGAGCCACGGAACUCGGGCGCACACUUUUAUGUACUUUUGCGUGUGAGAGUGAGUGUGUGUGUGAGCACGCAGCAUGAGUCUGGCAGACACAAACACGGGCCAAGGAACAGCUCUGCGCUCUGUUGCUCAUUUGUCGGCCCAGGACACAAACUCUUGCCUAUGGGCGGCACACACAGGUCUAAUGAGACUCUGACCACCAACACCACCUCCACCAUGCCAAUCCUUGCCCUCACACAUACACACACACACACACUUUCAGCAAUACCCCAACAGAAUCAUGUAGCAGAUCUCACACAACCACCCGUUUUUCCAUCCGCCUCUCCCCCAGCACUUUCUACAGGAACGCCUCGGAUCACAUGAUCAACCCUUUUGUUCUGUUCCACUCCCAUCUGUAUCUAUGACUGCAAAUCUACCUCUUACCAUUUUUCUAUCUCUCCAUUUCCUCCUUAGUCAGUUUUUACCAACGCUCUCCGUUCUUACGAAAGCAGGACUCAUUAUGUUGAGGGGAGACAAGCACAGAGCAUUAGCAUUGUGGUUGUGUAACUAUUCUGUGUCAAAACCAGUGAUUGGUUUUUCCUCACAAUCUAAAUAAGCUUUUCCUCCUUCCUCUCCUACUAAAACGGUAGCAUUUUAAGUAAGAUUAUUCUGUUUUUUCCAUUGAAGAUGUUAAGUAUCACAAGUUAGAAAGCUAAAAACCUCAUAUUACUGAAAUCAUAGCAUCGCAUGUUUCUCCUUCCUCUCUUUGAAUGGGUUUCUGUUGGCAGCUAGCAUCUGUGUCUGGAUGCACUCAACCAAAAGCAUAACUUGGCAUCCGAAACCGGCCGAUACGGUACGUUAUUCUCAAUCGGAAGGCAGCAGAAAGACCAAGACCACCAUUUCCUCUACAUUCGACCAGCGGACUCUCAAGAGCUGGGCUAGGUGGUACUUUUGUGGGUGUCACACAGGGACUUCUCUUUGAAAAAGACGAGGUACGGGACAGCUGGUGAUGGGAUGAAACUGUCAGGAAGCAGGGCGGCUGAGCCGGCAGUCAUGCGGAAGUCUAAGCCAAGAUAAGCCCCGUAAGCACAGCCCUUAAGCCCUCCUUUCCUUUUGUGUCCCUCCGUCUAGAGUGCUCACCCUCUGAUAGCAUGCCAAGCCAUCAAAGUGCAUCUUCUGCCGUGUCCUGUAUCUCCGGUGCUUUCGUUCCCCACACAGAUUUCAGCUGCAGCUCAGGGAUCGAGGAUUGGCCGCUAGGGAACGUUUUUGGCCACAGUGAUACAAGGAAACCCAUUGCAAUAGGGGAUUGUUUCUUUUUGUUUUUCCUUCAUAUUCUCUUACCUACCGCUCAUUUCCUUGAAUGGUUAUUAAACGCUUCAUGAUCACCAGGAAGGAAAUGCCAUGAAAUUCACUCCUCUCGAUCUGUUUCUCAUGCAAGGAAGCAGAUUCUCAAUGACUUUCAGUCCUGUUUUAAGCUACCCCAUGUGUAUAAAGCAUAACUGUGGGAUAUCUUGCCUUAGAUUAUCAACAGAACUCAACCGUGAGCAGUGAAUAUGUACUUUUGAUGCUAGAAUAUAUCUUAGUAUACUAGGCGGUUGGCUUGCAUCGACCUGUGGACCUGUGGCUUAGUUUGCAAUGCCUUUAUGUCUGGCUCCACUCAUGUCAUUAGAUGAAAAGGUCAUUCAGUACUGUAGAUCUCUGAGCUCCUCUAGCUUGGCUCGUCCUUUUAAUCUCCACUUUAAUUUCCUCUUUUGAAGACGUGCAGCCUGGUAGUAUAUCCGUACCUUUGUUUUCCUUUUAAUUUAUUUGCCGUUUUAAAUUUUUUUUUUUUUUUUUUUUGAUCUGCCAUGGUAAAUGUAGAGAUCAUGUAUCACUCAAAAGCAUUGCUGUGAUCUCUCACGUUUUUUUCCUUCUAUCUUCAGUGAAGGUUUUGUUUUAUUGACUCUUUCCCUCUUUUUUUUUAUUUUAAAUUUCUUGAAUAAUUAUUGCAACAAUCCUGUCGGUAUAUUAAGCUACACUAAUUAGGAGACUGACUUUGCAUAGCUCAACUAAAUUAUCGUGCACAUUAGCAUGACAUGUAGAGUUUAUAUUGCGAGAUAAGGAUGAUACCGCACUCUGGCCAGUGUGAAAGACAUCGUAAUGGGCGUCAAUAACGAACCCCGAUGUGGGGUAUUAUUAUUUCGAAAGAAUCGCACCUAUGUUUCCACACAAGCCACCAUUAAAAGCAUUAGUUUUUCCCACCUCAAUGUGAAUAUAUUUGGUUGUAAAGCAGUAUUGUAGUGGAUAAUACGCUUGACUUGAAAGAAAAGGACUUUUUGUGAGCAAAUCGGGAGUCCUUUCCUUAUUUUCAAAAAGUAGUGCCUCAAGGCUCUAUCCUAGGUCCACGUAGAGUUCUCACAAAAGCCAUUAUAACAGAAAAUUUGUAUAGUUGCAAUAUGGCUGCUGUUGAUGUGGUUACGUAGUCUGUACCCAAAACUUAGACGAAAGAAAUUAGUAAAUAUUUCUGUUUAAUAUGCCCCCCCUUCCCCCCUUCCUUGCAUAGACAGUUUCGUAAUGUCCAAAUUCUGUCUGCAGCAUGAAAAGUGUACGUUUUUCAGCUCUGUAUACAAGCAAUUAGUGCAUGAUUCUAAUUAGCAAAGACGUGCCACAAGAUGCAGCAGAAAUUGGAAUGGAUGUGGGUGUUUUGCAAAUGACGAAUACUCCAAAACGAAGAUAUUGCAAGGGAAGAUACGGAACGUUGAGUUUGAUUUGGAUUUUCUUUUCUUUUUAGGCCACUUUGCAGAUGUUUCAUAAAUUGGGAGAUUUCUCUUUGGAAUUGUUACUUUUUUUGAUCUUUUACUAAAACUGGAAAAUCUAAAUCUGGUGUAAAACAAAAUAUGAUGAUGAAACUGGUCAAAAGCCUGAACGUUUGAUGUUGUAAGCUGCUCGGUUAGAAUGGUGUCAAAGAAAAAAAAACUGGGUAAUUGUACAGAAAUGAAAAACAAAUUUGUAUAAAAGACAUAUUUUUGUACUUCAUCAAAUCUCUACAUGCAUGUCAGCAAUAAACUUUGAUAUGGAAAA